AAGUGUUUCUGUUUAAUAAAAUUGGAACUCGAGUCGGUACAUUGAAAGAAAAAUAAAGCUAAAUUUAAUAACAGAGACUAUAAUGCAAUGCCUUUUUAAUAAGACACACACAUACACACGCUUAUAUCAUCAACCUUCAUCUUCGUCAUAAUCAUUCCCAACAAAUCUAUCUCUCUCUUUCUCUUUCUUUUUCUCUCAAGAAGUAGACAAAAGUCAAGAAAGAAACAAGAUGAGACUCCAUGGCUUUGUUAGCAGCUCGUUGCUACUGUUUCUCAUCACAAUUACAAUGGUGUUUGAAGAGACAUUGUCUUUUAGAAGAGACAUGACCAAGCUUUUGAAGUUUCAAGAGAAGAUCCAAGAAAGACUCUCAGUCGUCACUCCCACUCUCUCACCAUUGUCUUCUCCUUCUUCUUCUUCUUCACACUCUCCCAAAAUGGUGGGGAAGGUUAUAUACCCUAUUGGUUACGGAGCUGAUCCGACAGGUGGACGAGAUAGUAGUGACGCAAUUCUAGAAGCUUUAACCGAUGCUUUUCAGUUACAAACUGGACUUGAGAUGCUUCCACGUGUCGCUGAUCUUGGUGGUCUUGUUAUUGAUCUCCAAGGUGGCAAUUACAUGAUCGGAAAACCUCUCAGCUUCCCUUCCUCCGGCGGUGGAAAUCUUGUGGUAAAAGGUGGGACUUUCCGGGCAUCGGAGGUGUUUCCCGGUAACAGGCAUUUGGUUGAACUCGUGGCAUCAAACUACAAGAAACCAAUGAAAAUGUCGUCUUUCUCCGAUCAGAAAAACCAGAACUCCGGGAUAUUAUAUGAAGAUGUGACUUUCCAAGACGUUCUCUUCGACUCAAGCUUCCGAGGAGGGGGUAUUUUGGUGAUCGACUCGGCUCGUAUUCGUAUAGCCAACUGCUACUUCCUCCAUUUCACAACACAGGGGAUUAAAGUCCAAGGGGGUCACGAGACAUACAUUUCAAACUCUUUCGUGGGGCAACAUUCAACGGUGGGAGGAGACACAGGAGAAAGAGGAUUUACCGGUACAGGAAUUGACAUCUCGAGUAACGAUAAUGCCAUUACGGAUGUAGUGAUAUUCUCGGCUGGGAUAGGUAUCUCUUUGAACGGUGAAGCGAAUAUGGUUACGGGCGUGCACUGCUACAAUAAAGCUACAUGGUUUGGUGGAAUCGGCAUCCUUGUGAAAUCGCAUUUAACGAGGAUAGACAACUGUUACCUUGAUUACACAGGUAUUGUCAUUGAAGAUCCUGUCCACGUUCAUGUCACUAAUGCCUUGUUCUUAGGAGAUGCGAACAUCGUCUUGAGAUCAGUACACGGGAGGAUUUCCGGGGUAAACAUUGUCAAUAACAUGUUUAGCGGUACUGCGAAAAACAACUUCCCUAUUGUCAAGCUGGAAGGGGAGUUUCAUGAUAUUGAUCAAGUUGUGAUUGAUCACAACAACGCUGAAGGGAUGACGCUGAAAUCUACAACCGGAAAGGCCAAGGUUUCCGCGAAUGGGACAAGAUGGGUCGCCGACUUUUCCCCUGUUUUGCUAUUCCCAAACCGAAUAAACCACUACCAGCAUUCGUUUUUCUCUCAAUCCGGGCAGAUCCCUGCAAAUGCAGUGACCAAUGUUUCCAACAAUGUGGUAAUUGUAGAAACUGAUAGAGCUGUAACUGGAACCGUGUCAGUUAUUGUAUACCAGUAAAACAACAUUCUUCAUAUUGAACACUGACUCAUUGUAAAUGAGAGAGCUUGAUUCAACU